AGAAAUAUUUAUGCUCGACUGCAGCGAGUGCGAGUCGGUCAUUUACGGAUUAAUUAAUCGAUUAAAAAAGACUCCCGAACUGGAUACGGGAUGUGUUGCGCUGCGCGCUGGUGUCGGUGUGAGCGCGAGAGAGCGCAGAGGAAGCAAUAGGAGAGGGAUGGGCGUCGCGAUUUUAGACGGAUCGACAUUGCGAUCCGUCGUCGGCGACGAGGUGGCCUUCAACCGGAGCAUCUACGAGCGGCUCGCGGUGCUCGAGCUCAACGGCGGCGGCGUCCUCUCCGGCGCCCCUGAGUCCUUCCGCCUCCUCAAGCCUCACUUCGGCCUAGAUCGCCGCCUUCUACAACUCCAUCCUGGAUUCCUCGUCGACAUCGACCGCGACGAGCUUCGCUCCAGGAUUCGCAAACAUCCUUCUCGCCAUCGGCGACUCCCCGAUCCAGGUCAUCCUGGAGGAGCACGAACCUGGACCCAGGCCCCGGCAGCAGGCGGUCGAUCUCGAGGCCUCGCAGAUCGCCGCUGCUUCCCCUUUCUCGAUGGUGCUUUCUAACGUUCACCGGUUACCGCGGAGCAGCGGACCUCUCCUUCCACCGAGCAGUGAACAUCUAGCAUCCGUUAGGGGACGAGCUUCGUGGGUGCCUAGUUGCGUGCCACGUUUCAGGGGAUGACAGUUCAUGAAGAUUUCAUGGAGAUGGCACAUUUGAUGAUCAAGUCGAUCUGGAUCAUUUAUGUCGUCAACAAGGCCCCAAUUUGGCAGCAUGAGGACACGGCACGAAGAUACUUAGAUAUCCACAUUUCUUUCUAUUCAUGUUUGCUUUGUUAACUAACACCUUGGAUUAGUUUAUUUUUUUACAAUGACUUCUAAACAAGAAGGAAACUUUAGUCUUAA